AUGGGAUUCGAGGAGCUGCUACACAAGGUGGGAGGCUUUGGGCCCUUCCAGCUGCGGAACGUGGCACUGCUGGCCCUGCCCCGUGUGCUGCUGCCCAUGCACUUCCUCCUGCCCAUCUUCCUGGCUGCUGUGCCAGCCCAUCGCUGUGCCCUGCCUGGAGUCCCUGCCAACUUCAGUCACCAGGAUGAGUGGGUGGAGGCCCACCUGCCCCGGGAGCCUGAUGGCAGGCUCAGCUCCUGCCUCCUCUUCACCCAUCUCCAGGCGCUCCCCAACACCACGCUGUGGGGAGGGGGGCAGAGCCCUGGGGAGCAGCUGGAGGGUGAGCCCUCCACAGUGCCCUGCCCUCAGGGCUGGGAGUACGACCACUCGGAAUUCUCCUCCACCAUUGCAACCGAGGUACCCUGGGACCUGGUGUGUGAGCAGAAAGGCCUGAACAGAGCCACUUCCACCUUCUUCUUCGCCGGUGUGCUGGUGGGGGCCGUGGCCUUCGGAUACCUGUCUGACAGGUUUGGGCGGCGCCGUCUGCUGCUCGUGGCCUAUGUGAGUUCCCUGGUGCUGGGCCUGGCAUCUGCAGCCUCAGUCAGCUACACCAUGUUUGCCAUCACUCGCACCCUCACUGGCACGGCUCUGGCUGGCUUCACCAUCAUCGUGAUGCCACUGGAGCUGGAGUGGCUGGACGUGGGACACCGUACUGUGGCAGGUGUCCUGAGCAGCACCUUCUGGACAGGGGGUGUGAUGCUGUUGGCACUGGUCGGCUACCUGAUACGGGACUGGCGAUGGCUUCUGCUGGCUGUCACCCUGCCUUGUGCCCCAGGCAUCCUCAGCAUCUGGUGGGUGCCUGAGUCUGCACGCUGGCUUCUGACCCAGGGCCGUGUGGAAGAGGCCCACAGGUACCUGCUCCGCUGUGCCAGGCUCAAUGGGCGGCCUCUGGGUGAGGACGGCCUGAGCCAGGAGGCUCUGAGCAAAGUGGCUGCUGCGGAGCGAGUGGUCCGAAGACCCUCAUACCUAGACCUGUUCCGGACACCAAGGCUGCGACACAUCUCAUUGUGCUGCAUGGUGGUGUGGUUUGGAGUGAACUUUUCCUAUUAUGGCGUGAGCCUGGAUGUGUCGGGACUGGGGCUGAACGUGUACCAGACGCAGCUGCUCUUCGGGGCCGUGGAGCUGCCCUCCAAGCUGCUGGUCUACCUGUCGGUGCGCCACGCUGGACGCCGCCUCACGCUGGCAGGAACGCUGCUCGGCGCCGCCCUCGCCUUGGGCUUCAGGCUGCUGGUGUCCUCCGAGGUGAAGUCCUGGAGCACCGCCCUGGCGGUGAUGGGGAAAGGUUUUUCUGAAGCUGCCUUCACCACUGCCUACCUGUUCACGUCGGAGUUGUACCCUACCGUGCUCAGACAGACAGGGAUGGGGCUGACUGCACUGGUGGGCCGACUGGGGGGCUCUUUGGCCCCACUGGCAGCCUUGCUGGACGGAGUAUGGCUGUCACUGCCCAAGCUCGCUUAUGGGGGGAUCGCCCUGCUGGCUGCCUGCACUGCCCUCCUGCUACCAGAGACAAAGCAGGCACAACUACCAGAGACCAUCCAAGACGUGGAGAGGAAGAGUGCCCCAUCCAACCCUCAGGAGGAAGAGAUGCCCAUGAAGCAGGUCCAGGACUGAAUGGAAUCAGGGGCAGGCCCUCCAUGGAAGUUCUGCAGCAGGGGCUGGGAGAACAGAAGGGCAGGCCCUCUGACCAGGGCUGGGGGCAGUGAGCCCCCUGCCCAGGCCUGGAGUUGCCCCCUCUCUGUGCUCAUCCAGCCUUGACUAUUUGGCCUCCAGCAACAGAGCAACUUCCCAGAAUGCAGUGGGCUGCUGAGAAUUCUGGCACCCCUCUCAUGGCUGGGGGGAUUCUGUAAAUAAAGGUGCCCCUUGGGUUAGGGCAACAGUGAGGAGAUGUGGGAUGAGCCCUGGAUGGGAAGCCACUGAGUCUGGCCCUGGGUUCUGGUCCCAGCUUUGUCACUGAUUUCUGGGUGACCUUGGGCAUGUGGCUUUCCCUCUCUGGGUCUGUCUGUUCAUCUCUCAAAUGGAUAAUGAAGCCCCUUAGCAGACCUCGCCACAGGAUCUAUCUGCUCUCAUGCUCAAAUGAGAUACUGAAUAAGGUGCUUCCUCUAGAGAUGGUGCUAAAGAAAGAACUGUCCUAUGACGACUUCUGGUACCAGCAGGGCUGGUGGGCAUGCUGUCCACUGUGUGGUGCUGGGAGCUGCCCAGUGCCAGAGCCAGGGGACCAGGAGAACAGAGCUCUUUGUUCCCAUGGCUGGCUUUGCUACCUCCCAGUCACUUUGCAGGGUAAUGCAUCCCCACACCCCUACACUCCCCACCCUCCAACCCACUGUCUAGGCCUCAUGCCCAAAGAAGAGUUGAAGGCAUGGGAGCCAACAUUUUAUUGGAGAAGCCAAAAUAAACAGAAGUUUUAUGAGUA